UAUCAUCUGUAUUUCGUGAUCGUAUCGUGUUCACGCGUCGGACGAAAUUGCCACUUUUAUCUCAUUGAGGAACUAACGCAGAGACAUGACGCCACGCGAUUAUCGCCCCGCCGUCGCCGGCUAAUUAAAAGCCUCGCUCUUAUCGUCGCGCACGAUUCCAGGUGGAUCAUUGGGGAAUGGCAAGGUUGCACGCCGUGCACGUCGGGCUGUAAGAGAAGGCGUGCUGUCAAAUGUGUACGACCCGUUGGCCGUGGCGAGCAGGAUCUCGACGUGAUCGAGGACAGCUACUGCCAAGGACCGAAGCCAAGGGAGUCGGCGUCUUGCGAAGCCAGCGAGAGAAGACGAAGACGGGAGGACAGAGGUGCCGAGAGACGACGGCGCGGGCCCACCUCCGCUCGCUCGAGCACGCUAACGCGACAAAACGACUUCGUUAGGGCCGCACGAGUGCCCGCUAAGACGGCUUUAAGCGGCGCCGUCGUGGAGGACCGACAUCCGGGUGAUCUCCCCACGCGGCCAAGACAGACUGGAGAUCCGUCCAAUCGCUCUUGUUUUACUGGCACCGGGUACGUUAAUGCGCUUCCACGCGAGACAACGGGCUUAAUUUCGGCUGAUACGCGUCGAGAUCGUUCUCAGAUAGAUAAAAGAUCGGGGAAUACGUUGAACGAUAAGAAGAAGAAUACGAGUAAGCUCGAGAAGGGCAGAAUGGUGGUCGAUAAGGAGGACAUUCGGAAUCUAACGCUCACGAUUAUUCUCGAGCGCGACGAGAGGAACGCCGUUAUGAAUUUUCCGAAGGACUUUGAGCCCCGACCGCCGGAAAAUAGCACAGAAUUCACGUUGCUAGGCGUAGACGCCCUCAGAUAUAUACAAAGAAUUCAGGAGGAAGCGCGCGCUUCCACCUCCGCCUCGAUUUUUCGCGGGCGACGUGCAUGCGAUGCGCGAUGAAGCGGAUAUAGGCGCGUACGGAUCGAAGCGUUCCUCGGCGCGAUGAAAGAGAAGAGAAUACAAUAUUUAUUGUCAUGUGUGCGGAUAUAUCGAUUACUUUCGUUACUUUGCGCGCGCGCGCGCAUGUCUUGAAGACGAGGCUGCGUCGAUUCGAGCGAUGGUCGUGCGAUCCGUCAGGGAGACUUUUACGAGUCCGUUGAGUGAAAUUGCGCUGCUCUCGAGCACGUAACGCGGGUAGCGCGUGCAGAUCGCCCAAUAAAAACAAUCGUUACGAGUUAUACGAGCGAAUUAAACGUGCGACGCGUGCGCUCUUACAUAGGGGUAUCGAAUUUUAACGAUCGGACAGUAGAGAAAACUCGUCGAGAGCCCCGAGAGUGAAUCGCAGGAUGAAUCGCCCGAUUAGAUCAGCGGUGUCGUUCGUUCGAGUCUUAGUUAAACACGGCCAUAAUUGACGGUAAAGCAAUAGAUCUGCCGGAGCCCGAAGAUAAUCUCUCAAUACGCGGCGAGGACGACGGACAACAUAAAUUACGCCUGAAUUACGACGGAAUUACGACGCGCGAGGAGGAGGAGGAGGAGGAGGAGGAAGAUGAUUUCUCGCGACCCAUUAACGAGUCCCGCGGUUGAGCAUUGAUCUCUCGGAGAUUCAUCGUUCGCAAGUUUAUUUAUGGCGGGAACGAUACUGUGUAAUGAUCCAAGAUUGCAGACGCGUUCGCCCGCCCCCUUAAUGGCCCUGACUGUCCUGAGGAUAUCGCCUGGUAGGGAAAAUGUCUGGCGCGCGAGACACUUUCUUAUAUCAAUAAAGAUUAAGUGGUAAAAAAAAAAAAAUGCGCACGUGUCAUUAAUCUCGAUAGUUGUGCGCGUAACGCGGACGUCUGUUUGUCCGCCUAGCGAGAGCAUAUCGCCGCGGACGAUAUUUUCUGUUCGCCGCGCGCCGCUUUUCGUAUUACCUAUACGUUUCAUUUGACUUGACGGCCUUCAUCCCGUCAAGCUAAUCAAUCACGUGCGACAUGAAUCAGCAAAGAGCAAGUCUCGUAACAGGGCAUGUAAUGCUAGCUUUUCGAUCUGUGUCUAAAUAUUCAUAUAUUUCUGGAUUCUAUCACUUAUACACGGACGAACAAUUAUGUGCGGAGAUAAACGUACGUUUAUCGCAACGUUUAACUUUUUUUCCUCGUUGCUCAACGUCUUUUUUCCGCGAUAUCGACUGAUUGAGAUGGACUGAUAGCUUCGCUCUCGGUAGUGGAAACGGCGCGCCGAGUCGUCGUCAGAUUACGAUGGGCUAGCUGUCCGAUAAGCCUAAUCGCCUGGGCGCCCUUGUACACCUUCUCCCGGCUCGUGUCAAUGCCCACGCCGACGCGAUCGCCGGCUUCCUGGAACGCCUUGUCCGACAGAUUAGACUGCAGAGCCUCGUCCAUAUACGGCGCCUGCAUUAGUACGACGUUCUCGAUGGGUAUCGCAUCUUUGAUGAUGGAUCCCGGCUUCGGCGUGGUGAAUCUCUCCUCCGCGGGGUCGCAGGUGCGCUUACGCUUGUCCCCGUUUGUCAUCGCCCAGUCGUAAAGAACCUGUCGGAAGUCCCGGGCGGCGCUCGUUCCUUCGAGACCGUCGUCUUCGCGCGCCAACUCGUCGCGCCUUGCUUUCUCUAAGUAACGGGCCAAACCGAGAUCGACAUAUCUGUCGAUCAUUCGCCGCUGAUCGUCCGGUGAUAGGCUCACUCUCUUUUGCACGUCCGUGAACUCCCGCUCGUUGGACCGUCGAGUUUUCUUAGGACACAUUUUUUUGCAGGGUCUUGUACCUAACGCGAAAAUGCAUCGUGAGUGUUUUUGCGAGUUUCGAAUUUUCAUUUCAAGUUAUGUCAGGCCGAAGAUAUUUCGAACGUGAAAAAAAAUCACGAUUGUACCUAUACACUCCUCUUUCUGCCUCGGUACGCGACCCUUGCACGCGUCCAGAUUUGCCUGCACGUCGUCUUCCCCGGGUCUGGCACCUGGCCUCACGCAUUGAACCUUCCGAUGCCUCAUACCCUUCUUCCCAUCGCAGGCGCUGCAUUUGCUCCAUUGACUCACUCUCCAUCUACACGUGCGACCGACAUGGAUUUAUUUGCUUUACAUCAUAUUCGUCGAGCGGAUGUGCUAAUGUGCGCGCAAAAUGCUAGAUCGAUGUUUAUGCGACGCUGAGUUAACAUCUUAUUUAUUGGCUGCGGACUAACGUAUGCGGACAUAGGUGCGUGGUACUACGUCAUCGUUAAAGAAGGAACUAAGAUCGACGGAGCGGAAGCCAAUAGCAUUCACUGAUUUUUAUCUCAAUGUCGUGGGUAUUAUUUGAGCCGUGUUGUUAGUCAGGACAAGUGAUAAGUUAUAUUUUCUCGCUAUUAAGGAAUUAACAUUUUUUUCAUUGCUACGUGUUGCUGCAAGGUCUCGCAAUGAAAAAAAAGCAACAACGCGAGAAAUCUCGAAUUUCAUGUUAUGCCUGCGCAUUUGUAUUUUUCUCUGCAAAAAAAA